AUGACAUCUCCACGGCCGUUAAUUGCAUCGGUGUCCUUUGAGCAGCACUCUACCGGAUUUGGAAUUGGCGUAUCCAGCCCUCGCAUCUCAUGGAGGUUCACGACAGAUGGAAACCUACAAAACUGGGAGCAAACGGCAUACGACAUUGAGAUAUCCCGCGAAGGUUUCAAACAAGAAAGGCAUCAUGUUAAGAGCUCUAAAUCAGUUCUCGUGCCCUGGCCAAGUCAGCCCAUGGAAUCUCGCGGGAUAUCUCGAGUUCGCGUCCGCUCAUAUGGCGGGCCGGACUUUACGCCAACCGAAUGGUCAGAUUGGAAGAUAGUUGAAUGUGGCCUGCUACAGAAGCAUGACUGGAAAGCAUCCGCUAUCACCAGCAGCGUGAAACAGACUGAAGGUCCUUUGCGACCUAUCCGCUUUCGAAAGACUUUCUCUCUUCCUUCUGCCGCAGUGCAACGGGCCCGGCUGUACAUCACCAGCUUGGGUGUUUUCCAAGCAUAUAUCAACGGUGUACCAGCGGGAGAUCACUGCAUGGCUCCCGGCUGGACGAGCUAUCAUCACCGCCUCAACUAUGAGAUUUUUGAUGUCUCAUCUCUUUUGCGUCAAGGAGAACCAAACACGCUCGCAGUUGAAAUCGCGGAAGGCUGGUAUGCCACCCGUUUGGGAUUUCACGGUGGACGUCGAUUUAUCUAUGGUGAUGAGAUGGCCUUGAUUGCCCAGCUGGAGGUUCUAUCUGAGAAUGGCGAACAAGUUAUUGUUGCAUCGGAUCCAACUUGGAAAAGUCAUCAAUCUGCAAUCAUCAGCAGUGAGAUUUAUGAUGGCGAGAUCUACAAUGCUUUGGAAGAGCAAAGCGGGUGGAAUAGCAGUACUUUCACUCUGGAGCCAUCCUGGAAUCCAACUUGCGAGAUUGAAUUUCCAAAGGCAGAGCUGGUGGCGCCUAGUGCGCCACCAGUAAGAGUCACUGAGACUGUCAAGCCAGUUCAAAUUAUAACCACACCUUCUCACAAAACGAUUGUUGAUUUUGGCCAAAAUCUAGUCGGGCGUGUCCGGAUUCCGAAACUCAAUGUAGGACGCGGUGACACUAUCGUUCUAACUCAUGCAGAGGUGCUGGAAGACCACGAGCUGGGAACUCGUCCCCUGCGUGUGGCGAAAUGCAGUGACAAGAUAACAUCAGCAGGCGAAGAGCUCGACUGGGCUCCUCGCUUCUCAUUCCAUGGAUUUCGAUAUGUACAAGUCGACAACUGGGCCCCUGAUCUGGAAGGUAUCGUUGCGGAAGUCAUGCAUACAGACCUCACUCGCACAGGCUGGUUCAACUGCUCUCAUCCCAUGAUUAACCAGCUCCAUCAAAAUGCCACAUGGUCUAUGCGUGGAAAUUUUCUAUCUAUUCCCACCGACUGCCCACAAAGAGAUGAACGCCUAGGUUGGACUGGAGAUAUUCAAGUUUUCGCCCCCUCUGCCAGCUUCCUGUAUAACACAUCUGGUAUGCUAGGGGACUGGCUGAAGGAUCUAUCAGCUGAGCAGCUUCAAAACGCCAACGCAAUUCCUCCUUUUGUUAUUCCAAAUGUAAUUCCCGAGGAGUUGUGGCCCACAUUUCCUCAAGCCAUUUGGGACGACGUUACAGUCCUUCUUCCGUGGACCUUAUACCAAAAUUAUGGCGAUAUUGAAAUUCUUCGGAAGCAAUACCCUAGCAUGACGGGCUGGUUGGAUCGAGGCGUUCAGCGUGGAGCAGAUCGUCUCUGGGAUGAUAGUCUUUUCCAAUUAGGAGACUGGCUCGAUCCCACCGCUCCUCCAGAUCAGCCGGGUAAUGCACGAACAGACGGAACGCUUGUGGCGGAUGCAUAUCUCGUGCAUGUUACAAAAAUACUAGCGGAAAUAAGCUCUAUUCUUGGUGAAUCAGCAGACGCAACUCGAUACAGCACCGAGCACCGAGGACUGCGAUCUCGCUUCCAAGAAAAGUAUGUCUCCCCAGAAGGCUUGUUAGUAGGAGACACGCAGACUGCAUUAUCUCUUGUCCUGGUUUUCGGUCUCCUUGACGACCCGAAACAGGCAGCGGCGGCAGGUGCGCGCCUAGCUCGAUUGGUUCAAAAAUCAAAGUUCCAGGUGUCCACGGGCUUUGCGGGAACACCGUUGAUUGCCCACGCUCUGACAAAGUCAUAUUAUCCACAGCUAGCAUAUCGCAUGCUACAAGAGAAGAACUGUCCGUCGUGGAUUUACCCAAUCACAAUGGGAGCUACAACCAUCUGGGAGCGCUGGGAUAGCAUGCUUCCUGACGGCUCAAUCAACCCAGGGGAGAUGACGAGUUUCAAUCAUUAUGCGUUAGGAUCCAUCAUCAACUGGCUCCAUAAGACUGUCGCUGGUGUGAGUCCGUUGGAGCCUGGUUGGCGACACAUUCUCAUACAACCGGUGCCUGGUGGCACUGUCACUUCAGCGGAAGCUAUUUACGAAACACCAUAUGGUCGGCUAGAGUGUAGGUGGGAAGUGAAACAGGGUAGCGAAUUCCACUUGGAGGUGAUCGUGCCUGCCAAUUCGAAGGCUCGUGUUAUUCUGCCGAGUCAGUCUGGAGAGGAGGAGCAGGGGCAUUGGCUAGGAUCGGGGAGUUACGGGUUCAGCAAAAUAUUUGACAGUCAGACUGGCUGGCCUCCCAAGGCACUCGUUCCUCCCAUGUUUGAAGCCGAGGAUAGCUUUGUUUGA